CAGCCGCUCUCGGGGGGCCACCCCCGCCCUCCGCAGCCUCGCGCUCCUGCAGUCUCCUGAUGGCCAGCCAUCGCUGCGCCGCCGCGGCCCUCGCCUCGCAGGACUGCAGUAACGGAUGCUCCGCUGAAUACCUUGGAGAAGGAGGAUCAAAAGAGGUGGUGGAGACUUUCAGGGCUAAAGAUCUAAUAAUCACACCAGCCACCAUCUUGAAGGAAAAACCAGAUCCCAAUACUCUAGUUUUUGGAACUGUGUUUACGGAUCACAUGUUGACAGUGGAGUGGUCCUCUGAGUUUGGAUGGGAGAAACCUCACAUCAAGCCUUUUCAAAACUUGUCACUGCAUCCUGGAUCAUCGACUUUGCAUUAUGCAGUAGAAUUAUUUGAAGGUUUAAAGGCAUUUCGAGGAGUAGAUAAUAAAAUUCGACUGUUUCGGCCAGAACUCAACAUGGAGAGAAUGUGUAAGUCUGCUAUGAGAGCCACUUUGCCGGUGUUUGACAAGGAAGAGCUUCUGGAGUGUAUUCAGCAGCUUGUGCAGUUGGAUCAAGAAUGGGUGCCCUAUUCCACCUCUGCCAGUCUCUACAUUCGUCCCACAUUUAUUGGAACUGAGCCUUCUCUUGGAGUCAAGAAGCCUACCAAAGCCCUGCUCUUUGUAAUCUUAAGCCCAGUGGGACCUUAUUUUUCAAGCGGAACCUUUAAUCCAGUGUCCCUGUGGGCCAACCCGAAGUAUGUCAGAGCCUGGAAAGGUGGGACUGGAGACUGCAAGAUGGGAGGGAAUUAUGGGUCAUCUCUUUUUGCCCAAAGUGAAGCAGCAGAGAAUGGUUGUCAGCAGGUUCUCUGGCUCUAUGGAGAGGAUAAUCAGAUAACGGAAGUCGGAACUAUGAAUCUUUUUCUUUACUGGAUAAAUGAAGAUGGAGAGGAAGAACUGGCAACUCCUCCGCUAGAUGGCAUCAUUCUUCCAGGAGUGACGAGGCGGUGCAUCCUGGACCUGGCGCACAAGUGGGGUGAAUUUAAAGUGUCAGAGAGGUACCUCACCAUGGACGACUUGACAACUGCCCUGGAGGGGAACAGAGUGAGGGAGAUGUUUGGCUCUGGCACAGCCUGCAUUGUCUGCCCAGUUUCUGAUAUACUAUACAAGGGCGAGACGAUACACAUUCCAACUAUGGAGAAUGGUCCUAAGCUUGCAACCCGUAUCUUGGGCAAAUUGACUGAUAUCCAGUAUGGAAGAGAAGAGAGCGACUGGACAAUUGUAUUAUCCUGAAUGAAAAAUGCAGAAAAUCUACUGUAUGCUUUUGGAAUAGACUGCUGCAUUUGAAUUGUGA